UGUUUCUAGUUUUUUUUUUUUUUAUUACUGUUUUUUUCAUUUGUUUGUAUUAACAUUGAUUUUGGUACCAUGACUACUGCGGCAAGGAUAUUAAUGGACAAAAGGGAUGCCACCCCGCCAAUUCUUAUUAGCGGCAGACCAACGACGCUUGUUAUUGUUGACGACGAUCUAGUGUACAAGGAGAAACGAUUCUUUUGCGACGUGUUAUUUGAAAUGCAGCAGCGAAACGCCGAUCUGUCCAAAGAAAAUCCACUGCGUAAACAAGAAGUAAUCUCCGAAGAGUUAAGACAACUAAAACGUAAGGAAUAUUUAGAUAGCCAGCGUCGUCGUCAGCUGCGAAAUGAGUGUAGCGAACUGCGGGAGCUGGGUGAACAAUUACGCCUGGCAGCUAUUACAAAGGAACUGGACGAGCAGUUGCAGGAAAAGUAUAAGGAUCGGCAACUAGCCAAGAAUGCCAAAGCAUUGGGCUACCAACGUGCAUUGGUAGAAAGGCAAGAGCAGCUGGCCAAGGAGCUUGAACAAGAACAGGGUAAGAAGGCGCAACAACAAAGGCUCCAUGAUACGCUCUCAAAGCAAAUAGAAGAGAAGAAGCGCCAGCGUGAGCAGCAAUGUGUGCUAACUAUGGCAGAUCGAGAAGAGCGCGAGGCUUUGCAGCGACAAAUUGAGCAGGAGGAUCGGCAGCAAAAGUUGGAGGUACUGCUUGCCAAGGAUAGGAAGCGAAUUGAAAUGUUAAAGCGUAUAGAGGAGGAUAGGGCUAACAAAGCGCUGCUAAAAACAGAAUCUAGCGAGGAUAUGACCAAAGCAAUGUUGCGACAAGCACAUAUAGACGAAGAGAAACGCAGACUGGAGGAUGAGCAGAAGGAAACUCAACGUAAGCAUCAGGAGAUUAGCAUGCGAAUUGGUCAAAAAGUGUUGGAAACUGAGAAUCACAAGCGCCAGCGUGAGAAGCUGCUGCUGGAACUGCUGACGGCAGAGUACAGGGCCAAGAGUGAUGAGCAAUAUCGCCAGCAGCUGCAGCAGGAGGAGGAAAAACGUCGGCGUACUAAACAAGAAUUGGAACAAUAUCGCGCAGAGUUAUGGCAGCGCCAGCAAGAAGAAACUCGUCUUAAACUACAGCAAACAGCACAAAGGCAUACCGACGAUACCAGUGAGCAGGAACAACUGGAAAAAGAAAUGCUGGAGCAACAGCGUCGCAGGCAGCACGGCGCCUUGCUGCUCUCCAUGAUUGAGGAUAAUCGGCGCAAACGUGCCGAAGCCGCAGCAGAGAAUGUACAAUUCUUUGAUAUGAAGGCCAAAUCAGAGGCGGAACAACAAGCGAUUAUCCAGGAGGAGCGUUUAAAGCUACUAGGUUCUGUGCCGGCUGCAGUGCUUAAAUAUUUGCCCAAUCAGGUGUUAUCAAAAACAGAUCGUGAGCACUUUAACAUGCAGACCAAGGUCAGCAGUGAUAGUUUAGUAAAACAUAAAUUUCAAUGAUUUGCUGGAAUAUUCAAAAAGCAACCCACUAGCCGCCCACAUUUGACUACGUGACGUGUAUCAUCACGUCCGCAGCGCUGCCAUAUGUUCUAUUCAACAUGUAUACAACAUUUUAGGCUGGUACGGUGCUAUUGAUAAUCUAUCGGAGACUCAAACACAAUGUUAAAUUAUAAUCUAGGCACCAAAACAUAUAAAAUAUUAAUUUUAUCAACCACAUAUGCUUUAUU